CCGUUUCCUGGAGUCAAAGCUCCCCUGCCCAGAGUUCAGACUCUUUCCCCUCUUUGCCAUGGACCGAAUAAACAUGUGGAUUCCACGCGGGAAGACACUCCCUGCUGUUGACCGCCUCCCCCUCCCCCCUCCCGCUCCCGCCAUUCGGGGAAGGAAGGAGCAUGGCGGAGCAGACGACGGAGCGGAGGAAGGAAUGGAAUGGAUCGGGAAGCAAAAGAGGAGGUCAGGUGCUCGGUCGCUUGCCGGACCGGGACCGGGGAUUCUUUCAGCUGCUUGGGGGCGGCGAGCAGAGCAGGGUCUCCUUCUCGAUCCGUCAACUGGCUUGGAAGUUGGAUCAGAUGAUAUACUCGAGGUGGAACUGGAAAUGGGUGCGGGUAGAAUUGCCCGGAAGGAACUUCGUUGAGGGAGCUGACAACUUCAACCUGUUUCCUUGGAGCUGGAAUCGGUUAAUAUGUCUUGUUCAGGUACUUCAAACUCUAAGAACUUCUACUUCAUGUGUGCUUUGUGAUUCUCCUCCUGAGAUAUGCCAUCUGACUGGAUAUUGCUUUUGGCUCCCAAGCUUUAGUGAACUUUUCCUUCAAAAAUGAAAUAAAUCAAAGAGCGUUUACGAGGUCUAGAAAAUUCAAGAAAUAUUCUAAUAUGUAAAAUUUGCAAUACACUAUGAAUCUGCAAAAUUUCAUGGAAAUUUUUUGCGACUUUCCAUCGAAAACACAAAAAAGCAAUGAUCUGUGAUAGGAGGUACUGUUGCUAUCAUUUACUGUUUUAGAUCACAGUAUUUAUGUUUUUUCAUGUCGGCCAGAUUUGAAAAGAUUUUUCGAACGGAAUUGUGUGGAAUGAAUAAAAUGUUCAUUAUAGUUGGAGACCCCAAAAUCUUUACCCCCAUCUGGUGCUCUUUGCUAGUGUCAAGUUUGCUUGUUUUAGCAGUUUCAAAGAAAAUUUAGCUUGUUUCAACCAUUCAAAUGAACAAUAUGAUGAGUCAGGAUUUUCAUCCCGACUUUAAACAAUAAGGUCCAGUGCGGAUGGUUGGGUAGCAUCCGAUCUUUGGUUGUUCUACAUCCCUUUUAGGAUACCUCCUCACAAAGAUGGAGCACAUAAACACCACAUUUCCUCGUUCUCUUUGCGGGCAUUCCGGGGGAGCCUCAUGUGAACAUCUUUGGCAUGUAAAUUAGGUUUCGGCUACGUUUAGUUGGCAUCUUCUUGCCCGUAGCAUCUCACCGAAGGAGGCGAUGUCGUGCGGAAUAAAAGUCUUCCUGCUCAGUCGUCAUCUGAAAGAGCAUCCAGGCCCCUAAGUGGAUUUUGGUAUUAAUGACGGACAACCAAGAGACUAAUGCACACACCGAGUGUUAAAACAUAUUUCGUCCCAAGUGUGUUGGUUGUCGGGCGUCGAUGACCUCCCCCCCCCCCCUCUAAGAAAAAGAGAUGGAAUAGCUCCCAGAGGUUAUUUUGUUAUUUGGUGAUUUUGUGAUACCAUUGAGUCUUUAGAGAAGUCUCACUGUUAAGAGAGGACAAAGAUGGCAAAGAUGUUGUUUAGUGCUAAUCAUAUUUAUCUUGCCACCAACAAGCCCCAAAGAAACUACGUCGGAAGUGGAGAAUUGCUAAGUCUAAAGAUUCAAGUUCAACUUUCAAGGUAGGCUAGACAUUCUGGGGUUGCAAGUCCUGACAGUUUAGAUGUACACCAGAAUGACUAGGAUCGAUCCAAGGAGACCGAUGGUUUGCGAUAGUGUACUACCUUUACUUGGAGCCGCUCGGUUUCUAGGUCGUGCUAUCUGGCGUGAUUACCUAGAUUGUCCAAGGCCUGACAUGUUGAGAUAGGGUUUGGUUGGGGUGAAGCCCCAACCGGACCAUCCAGCUCUCUAUCUAGCCUUUGCCCCAAAGUAGUUUGGUUACUAUCCCAGGCUGUCUGGCAUCCUGUUUCACUUGAGCAUUUUGAAUGCAUUUACUAGUUUGAAUCCCUAGUAAUAGGGGUUCAUGGGCCAUCUAGGCUAAUUAUCCCGAACCGUCUGGAUGUGAUUCUGCUAAAAGACGAUUGUUUUUUUUUACUUAGUUAUAUAUAUCGGAGUUGACUACCCGUGCAAGCAAAACUUCAGAUUUAGGACCAUUGCUAUUCUCCACUAUUCCUUGGCCCCAUUUGAGCUAUUCUCUUGGAUUGGAAGAGAGAGAUUUGAGAGGGUGUCUAGAGGUAAGUUAAGCCAAGCUGAGAUCCAAGCUUUUCCCCUCCUUUGACCAAAAGAUUUUAGCAUUUGAGCUAAUUUCCAAGCCUCUUGAUCUUAUUGCUCUUGGAGGUUGGAGAUUCCUAGGAGGUUGGUGUCACUCGUGAGCUUCCAAGUUGUGGAUUGCCCCAAAGUUUGUGAAGGUUGGAAGUCACCUUAAGACUCACCCUAAUUGGUUGAGCUCGGGCUUUGUUGGACGAGGCUUAGGGAGAAGAAGACGAGACUUGGUAUCGCACAAUGCCUUGUUUGGUCUCCACCUCUCAAACGGAGUUUGCGUCCCUCCAAGGACGUGAACUUCAGGUGACAUCUUCGUCUCCAUGUCCACUUUGGUUAUCCUUUUCCUAGCUCCUAUUAUUGUUUGGAGUAAUUUAGCUUGCUAGAUUGCUUAUCGUACAUGGUGUUUCACUUACUUAUAUUUCUAGAGAACUCAUAAUUCUACAAUCCCUAAAAUCCACUAAGGAAAGAUAAAAAUUUGUAGUUGCUUCACUCCCCUCCAGUUUACAUCUUUGAUCCUUUGUCAUCCUAAUGUGGCUAUUGUGGAAAAGGCCGAAGUUCAUGGGUGUUUAUUUCCUAUGUGUGGACUCCUGAUUUGGUGUAUUGUUAUCAAGAACUUUGGUCUAAAUUGAUGGCAGCGGCGGUGAUGUUGACGUCGGGUUUGUUUUGGUUAGUGGUUCUCCUAUUUUCAUAAAUAUUUUACUUUUGAUGGUCUAUACUAAUGGUUUGGCAAUGAAAAUCAUGGUCCAAUAUUCGGGCUGCAACGAGUUCAACUAAUUUAUGUUGCCACUUGUUAGGAUGGUUGACUCAUGUGGCUCUUAGAAAUCUUUGAUGACAUACAAGUAUGAUAUUUGGACUUCUACAACCUUUUCAAUGGAUGCUCAGAGGAAUUUUAAGAUGCAAAGGGCAAAGUUGGAGACCGCGACUUUGGAGACCAGAAAAAUUUGGAAUGACUUCGUCUGGGGCCAUCAUCCUCUCCACAUCGCAAUCAUCAUGCUACCGUGCAACCUUAACCUAAAAGAUGGUCCCACCCUAUCCCCAUAACCUAGCUCCUCCUCUAUGCAAGCAGUCAUAAUCCAAAGAAUAGGUGGAAGAUAUGGACAAGAACGAAAGUGAAUAUCAUAUGAGUUGAAAACGAGUCCAAAGGAUGGCAGUUGAUCAAUGCACGCUAGUAUAUCAGAUUUAAUGGUUCUCUCAGUGUAUUAGGAUGAUAGUGAAGGAUGGUGCGAUGAUGUAUAUAUCAUGUCUUGCUUGCCCUCUUCAAGGUGAAAGUUAUCCCUUGUUUGACAAGAACAUCGUGUAUCACACAUUACCACACUCGUCAGUGGCGGAGACAGGCCUGGGGAAACUAUGGCUAUAGCCCUAGGCCUAGCAACAACUUCCCUUAUAAUUCCUUCAUACAAAGUAUAGAAAAUCACAGAAAUUUAUUAGUCAACAUAGUGUAGCCCCAAGCUUAACCUGCUGCUAGCUCCGCCACUAACACUCGUGAUGGUGUUUUGGUGAUUACAUCAUGAAUUAGGUUAAUCUAUUUUUCUUUUUUACUUUUACUUCGAUACACAUUUGGUCUUAUGGUCGAUGACCCUCAUAUUCUUUUGCCUAUUGGCCACAUACCCAAUUCGAUACUAUGGGAUACAAGACAAGCAUGCCACAAACAAAUCUCACAAAGAAAACGAUGAUGUCAAUUCAAAUGCAUAUCUGACCGAUAUAUGUCAUUUUAAACGAUGUAUGUUUUCGAUGUAAUGUUAGGAGAGAGAACACCUGUAAGUAGGGGAUCUACCUUAAUAAAGAGGCUCACAUCGAUGAUUGACCCUCAAACCCCCUCAUACACUGACAAAGGAUGGGGUAGUGCCAUUUCAUUUGGGAUAACCCUUUAUAACUCCUUGCACCCAUAUCCUUAAGGUGUAAAUUGUAAGGCAUAGAUUGAGGGGCUUGGGAUCAUAAUUGUGCAUCUACAUAAGGUCCUACAAGACUCACAAAUUAACACAUGAACUAUGGCAAGGAUAACAUAUAAGAGGGGUCGCAUCCUAACAAGGGGCAUAUGAGCAUAUUCAACAAUCCACACUGACUGAAUAGUUGUCGUGCAGUAAGAGGGAAUGUUCUUGAUUGUCCAGACAAGGAUGUCAUGGUUGGGCAUGCUUGCCCCCCUGUUGGGGUAUGAGGGAUCAAGGAUGCCAUGGUUGGGCAUGCUCUAAGAUAAGCGAAACUGGUGAGAGAAUCCUUAGCGAAACGCUUGGGAUCUCAACAUGACCAAGAAUAGACACGAAUACACAAACUUGGGAGGGACAUGCAUGAACCCUAUGUCAAGGAUUAGACCUAAUCCACACCGCUCGGAGCUUAUGAACGUCGUCAUGUGUGUAGUUGUGCAUGUAUGUGUAGAUCUUUAUUUUGUAGAGAGUGGGUGCUGAACUCAUUUUUUGUUAUCGUUUUGACAUGACCUUUGCGCUAAUAAAACUCAUUUGAUAAAGCAAUGCAAGUCUUGACUAGGUGUAGGUGGUGAUUUGGUGUGUGUUAGGGUUCUUCUAAUCCCCUAUUAACUGUUAGUUAUGUGUUUCAUUAACAUAAUUGCUCCAUAUAAAUAAAAGUAUUUUUCUAUAUGGGAAGUUUCGUGGCUCUAAGACCACCGGAUUGGGCAAAUUCGACCCCCUAAACGUUCGCGGACGUGUGCAUGCGCCUGCAGACAGCGCCGACCAGCCCUCAUCUGUCCUCCCAGACAACCAUACCCCACAUAUUCAUGCAAAACCAUGAACCUCCAUCACAUAUAUAACAUCACUUUAUCACCAAUUCAACAAUUCGGCAAAGCAAAUAAAUCAACACAUGCCAAAAUAAAAUUUAACCACUCAUAGAUAGGCGAUACAAGAAUGAAUCAUUCUCCUCUCUCUUUGCGGGUUGAUCUCCUUUUUCUUCAUGUGUAGCCCCUUCUUGCUUUCCUCGUUCAAGAGGCUAGCGUCGUGCAAUAUGAUCCUCGGAUCCUCGGUGCCCCUUGCAAGCUUCAACCUCUCUUUGUCGAGCUCAGUUGUUUGUAUUGUCUUCUUCUUUUUAAGCUCCUAUUUUGCACAUUUCUCUUGCUUCCCCAAAUCUAUCUUCCCCCUCUCAAUGCUCAUCUUAUCUUUCACCCUCUCCCGGUCGAACAACAUCAUCUCCCUUUGAACAUCCAAGAAGAUAUUGUACCUCGCCCCUUUUGCUCCUCUUGGGCGUAAAAAAUGCCCAUCACGGACAUUUUGAUUGUCGCACCGUCACACGUGGCCCUCCCCUUCUUCUACUUGUUUCCCACCACCUGCCAAUUCGUCUUUGGCAUGGUUCCUUUUCCGUCCGCUUCUCCACUUUGCUGAUCAUCGUUAACCAGCCCAAUAGAUUGUUGGGAGCUUGAGCCAUUGUUUUUAUUCAACUCCUUGGUGAGGUUUUCAAGCUCUGUAAUGGCGAGUUGCCACUUAGGUUUCACAUUCAAUUUCAACCAACAACGGGGCAAAGUGAAUGGCUUGCCCUUGGUUUGGUUGUACAAAUUGGAUCUAUGCUUGUGGACAACCAAGAUUCACACAACAACACAUCUUCAUGGCUUGUGAAUGCCGAGCCUCUUGCCUUUGCUACCUUUUUAUUUUAGUGCGUGAUAUUUGCACAACAUCAAGGAAUUGGUAUCACCCAAACCAUAAUGCAUAGGCUCUUGACCAUCAUUUACCAUGUUGAUAAAAAAAUAUGCAUCACAUUAAAAUACCAUUCCUAAAUUGAUCCAAUGGUAUGUGCAACAAACAAAGCAAGCAAUACAAUGGCAUAUGGGGCAAAUUGUACCAUGUCUUGGUUGACUACUUCAUCGAACAACACGUGGGCAUGCCCGAUGUUGGCUUUAUCCGCUGCCUUUGGAGUUGCACUGAGCAGUACACCGUGUCCGCAAUGGCAUCUUCCAACGUCCAGCCAUCCAAGAUGGCCCAUUCGGAUGUUGGAACGGAGUUGGGAACGCCAGACAACUUGUUCCCUCUCGCGGGUAGGUAGGAUGACGUGGAGGCAAUCGCAAGACCAGACGCGCCUAAGUCCAUGUCUAUGACCUCUUUCUCUGUAGGUUCCUUCUUUGUAGCUUCUCAGACGCGCUGCCAAGAGCAUCGCUUCCUCUGGGAGAUGUUCUCCGCCUUGCAAGCAGCGACAGUCGGGAGCGCCACAAACUUCGCCGAGCUAUCAUCCAUGGCGGCGGUGGGAACCAAGGCCCUUAUUGUCGAGGUCGGACAACUAGCGAGGACGACGACGCAGAUGGAGAGCAAGGGUGGGGGGAGGGCGACAGCUUAGACGAGGGAAAUGGAGCACAGUCAUGUGCGUAGUGUGGUUGAUUUGGUGGACUUGAUCAAUUUCGAGCGAAUUUGGGGUAGGUCCGACCUGUCGUACGUGUCGGACGUUCCAUAUCCCACCCGCAUAUGGGUUAGAUUUGAGAGAUGCCGGACAACCCGAACAUUUGGGCUGUCUUUCAGGGAUCCGAUUGGAUGAUGUUUUUCGGUCUGGGCAAUGACCGGGUUAUCCGCACGUUCGAGAGUGAGUGUCCGGUUGUAGAUGCUCCACCAGCUCAUUUGCUUUAAGUGACCAGUAGAAUACUGAAACAACAGGAGUAGAAAAUGAUUGGAAGCCCAUCAAGAACCUUUUCAAUAUGAACAGGCGGAGGCAAUCACAGGAAACACGUGGAAGGUGGACUACACAUGAUUCCAUGUAUUCGGCCACGACCUCGCCAUGACCAUCGUUGGACCUUGAACAGAGAACAACACCGUCGCCGUCGAUGCACACAUGCCACAACACGAUAGAUAUGUUAGUUAAAUGAGAGAUCCCAAUAGUGCUACCACAACAUCGACUAAAAUAACACGUUGUCAUAUUCAACACACAGUUGCUGACACUAGCACCAGCAACUCGUCGAGCAGCCGAAACUUCAGCGAAAGCGUGUGCAAGUGUCGCUAGAAGACUACGGUCCAGGCCCGGUCCGUACUCGUUUAAGAAGUCUCUACUCGUCGUCUGCCGUUCAAGCAUUUUACCGUGGACAGCAUGUUCCCCGGUCGCUGGCUACGUGGCUCUGCUUCUGGUUCACCGUUCACACUGGCAGGAUUCUCUUGUUCAAUGCAAUCUACUCGUCAUUGAAAUUUUCCUCUCUUUGGUUUCCCAUCUGGGAGAAAUCUUUGAUUCUAGAUGCAUGUCUUCAGCCUGCAUACAUAAUAAUACUAUGUCAGAUGAGUAGUUAUGGUAUGAGAAUAAUAUUGUUUUUGGCACAUGGCCUUUCUAGCAGAUGUUUUGCAUUUAUUAUUAUGAACUGUCCUCAUGGAUGCUUAAGCUCCAAAUACCUCUGUUUAACUUGGAAUCCUGCUAAUUUUUUUCCAGAAUGUCCUAAAUUAUACAUAAAUUUAAAAUAUCUAAAUCAUCAUUUUAGAUUGCAUUCUUGUUGGCCCUAAUCCCAAGCCCGAGCUUAGCCUGCCCCCCCCCCCCAAAAAAAACAAAUAGUAACAUUCUUUCUAUUUAGAAAUGGCAUUUAAUCAUUUUUUUGGGAUAUAUGAAUACAUUAUUAUCCCUAUAUAUCUGUUAACUCCUGGUUUUUGGGUAUUUGGGGCUUUUUAUCGGGCUCUCAGGCCAAGCUUCGACUAGAAUACUAAGCGAGAGCCUGGCCUGACCACCCGACUUUCUUGCUAGGGCAGUCCGACCGGGCGGUCCAUGCAUAGACCUAGCCCCAUCCAUGAGAUAAAAAAAUAAGGGUUAAUUUGAUAACACCUCAAAAUCAAAAAAUGCCACUGCAAAAAUAGGCUUGAAAAAAUGCUGCUCUAAUUUUUUGGAUACUAAUAUAGAGAUAUUUUAACACUUUCAGCGUAGUAAAUACAUGUCAAAACAGUUAAUGUAUGUGUGCCCGUCGAACCAACCCAAGCUUGUGAAACAAUUGGUAUUUCAAUUAAUGAAGUGAAGCUGCUUGCUUCACGUAGAGAUUAAUUAAGGAUGUGCUGGACUACAAUAACCCCGUUUGCUCAAUCCUCUUCUGGCUAUUUUUAGUACUGUAUUUGCUUAGCGCUUAUUGCCCACUUUUGUAUCUGAUUUUAUAUGGUAGGUUAUGAGAUACUCAUAGUGCAACAUUGUUCAUGAACCGAAAAUCGGUCCAGUGUUGUUAUAUGGGAUGGUAGUUUCCCCAAAAAAAUCUCGAACUCCUGAGGAUAGGUUGGGCGAAGGAAGUUUUAAAACCCAUGUGCGGCGCUUUCAAUUUAUAUUCAGUGUAAAAAAAGUUCAAGAACGGUGAAAAUCUUGAUAUCAAAAUAGGCGCAUACGUCUGUUUCUUAAACACAGGGAAAGACAAAGCCAAACACCCCAUGAGUAUAGAUUUCACGGAAUUAUAGAUAUCAAAAUAGGCGCAUACGUCUGUUUCUUAAAAAAAAAAGCUGCUUUUGCUAAAGAAAUCAAAAAGGAAAUAAAACGCGGUGCUGUUUGGGACGGAAGAAGUUAAGACGAACGCUCGCUCGCUGUGAAAAAAGAAGUUGGGAUAAAUCGGCAUGCCAACGAACGAGGUUGACGUCCCGGCGGUUGCCAGCCGCAAGCGAAGUGCUACCGCGAGAGCGAGCUGCGCACUUUGUCAGCCGGGCUCCCGCGUGGAACCUUCUGCGUUUGCCUUUGCCUAAGUGUGCGACGCCAUCGCCCCAAUCGCGUACCGCGUUGCCGCGAGUAGGCCCAUCACUACCUCGUGCUCAUUCCGACUCGCGCCCCUGGCCGAGCUCACAAUAAACGAGAAAAAAAUAAUUCGUCCCGGCUUUGACCGUCUCGCCUCUUUUAGCCCUCUCCGCCUCUCUCUCAGACCGUACGGGUCCAUUUGACCACGUGACCCAAAUCCGCCACUUGGGCCCCAUGGCUCCCUCUCCCCCUCCCGCCGCGGCUAUAUAACCGCGUCCGGACAUUUUCCCGACAAACACUUCACCUUCACCAAGCAAGCACACACACAGCGCCCAGCAGCGACUCAUCGACGCAGAGCAGAGGAGCGAAGGAGGCCGGCCGGCGGGAUCGACGCAAAUGCAGAUGGACUCCUACUACUUCCACGACGACGCCCACCUCUUCGCCGGCUGCGGCGUCCCCGGCUCGCCGGACCUGCCCUUCGCCGACCUCAUUGCGUCGCUCUCGGAGCCGCUGCCUGCGGUGGUAGAGAGCCAGAGCGCGUUCCGGGAGUACCGCGGCGUCGGCCUGGAGCUUCCGGGGACGGCCCGGGGAGGAACCGGGAACGGGAUCAACAUCCACCGGAGGAUGAUGGGCGUGCUGGGCAGGAUGGGGCCGGCCGCUGAGGAGGAGGAGCGGCCGCAGCACCAGCAGCAGCAGGCGGCCGGCGCCGUCGAGAGCAGCCGCGGGUUCCGGCACAUGAUGCGCGAGCGCCAGCGCCGCGAGAAGCUCAGCCAGAGCUACGCCGACCUCUACGCCAUGGUCUCCUCCCGCUCCAAGGACAAGAACUCGAUCGUGCAGUCCGCGGCCGUCUACAUCCACGAGCUCAAGGUCGCCAAGGAGCAGCUCCAGAGGAGGAACGACGAGCUCAAGGCCAAGAUCCUGGGGCACGACGAGCAGCAGCAGUGCGUCAAGGUCCAGUUCGAGGUGGACGAGCCCUCGUCCUCCGUCGACUCCAUGAUCGGGGCCCUCACGCGCCUCAAGAGCAUGAAUGUCAAGACCAGGGGGAUCCACUCCAUCUUGUCCGGCCAGCGGUUGACGACGGAGAUGAAUGUCGAAACCACGAUUGCGGCCUGCGAGGUAGAAAAGGCAGUGGAGGAGGCUCUCCAGGAAGUAGAGAGGAAUCAGCUGCCUGACAGCGAGGCCCCGUUUCCCGGAAGCAGGAGCGCCUGGCCUCAAACAUCACACGUGCAAAAUGUGUUCUGAGAGGUUUCUAACCACAAGAGUCAUGAGACCCAUCUGUUCAUUGUUUUUUCUCCUCUCUUUUUUUCUUGUUCUUCUGAUGAUGGAGCAAAUGAAUACCUCCACCAGCUUAUUGUGCUCUCGACCCUCGUGUCUUGGUCCUGGUGGUCUUUUUUAGAGGCUGUGAAGAUGUAAGUAGCUCCUCAGAUGUGUAGCUAGUGAGGUCAACUUGGAAUCAAAUGGGUUGGAGAAAUUUGAAGGGGGUCUACUCGCACUGUUUGGCCUGGCGCUUACGUGUGGCCGUAGCAAGGAAGAGAAAAGGAUCUGACAAGUUGAGAAGGAUUGUCAAACGUUUGGAAGAAGAGGGACCAGCAAGCCUUGGCUGCUGAGACUGUAAAUUUGCAACCACCCAAUGUUCGAAAUCGAGUAUAUAUUUUUCCUCUAAACAGGAUCGUUGUGUUUCGAGCAACCUUUUCACUAAAAUCUCAUUGAAAUUUGUUAUAGUUGUUAUAAACUACAUUUAAACUUUCUCGUGUUUGUAACC